UUUCGGAUGUUGUCAGCGUGGAAUCUUUUGUCUGAUUUAAGUGAACGCCACCUGUCUUGUCAUGUCGUCAUUUUUUUUUUUUUUGUCAGCAGUAGCAAAACAGGCUUGUCUGUUGAAUGGUUACACCAAGGCCCUCCUGGAGAUUUUACUUGUAACUUGGGCUGCCUUCACAAGAGACUCUUUCUCACCUUAAUUUGAGAGUCAGCUGCAUUACAGUCCACUAGCUGCAGAGACUGUUUGAGAAUUUGCGAACCCUUUUCAGUGGGUUAGUGCUGGCGGUUCCUUGCUCACUGUGGCUUCCAGAUUUAGUCUGGAGGUCCUGAACACGGAAAUGAAAAAAAGAAAAAGUAAAGAAGAUAAUUUGAUUACUAAAGACUUGAGAAUUGUGUGCUGUCCUGGUUUACUGGAUUUCCUGUGUGUUGACUGGAGGCUAACUAAAGUAUGCUGGAUGUGACCCCAAGUAUGCGGAGCAAAACUGCUCCCAUUCUGGAGAUCCCAUCUGUGGAUAAAAGAAUGAGCUGUGCCAGAGAUGUUUAUCCCAGUCUUAAGGAAGUGCUUCAGCUCAAACUUCAGCAAAGGCGAACAAGGGAAGAGCUUGUCAGCCAAGGAAUAAUGCCACCUCUGAAAAGUCCUGCUGCCUUUCAUGAACAAAGAAGAAGUCUAGAACGAGCCCGGACUGAAGAUUACUUGAAAAGAAAGAUCAGGACUCGACCUGAGAGGUCAGAGCUGGUCAGAAUGCACAUUCUUGAAGAAACAUCUGCUGAACCAUCAUUGCAAGCCAAGCAGCUCAAGUUGAAAAGAGCUCGAUUGGCUGAUGACCUGAAUGAGAAGAUUUCUCAAAGGCCUGGGCCAAUGGAGCUCAUUGAAAAAAAUAUUUUACCAGUUGACUCCAGUUUAAAAGAGGCUAUCAUAGAAGGGCAAGUAGAAUUUUCCAAUUCUGUGACAGAGAGCUCCUCAUUUGAUGAAGACAGCAGUGAUGCCUUGUCACCCGAACAACCCGCCAGCCAAGAAUCCGUGAGCUCCCAGAGCUCCAUCCCUUCACCUUCUGAUAUCAGACUGGGGGAACAGUCCUUUCUAAGCAAUAGUAUGUCCCCUUCUCAGCUCAUUACUCAGCUGCAAGCGGCACCCACAUUGGAAAAUAUUCCUACACUGAAACUGACCAAUGGGGUGGCAUCAACCUCUACACCCAAACCUCUACCAACACUUGUUAAACAGAGCCAAUCAAAGGGAAUCAACGAUAAGGCAUCUCAGCGUACCAAGAAAGCUAAAGAGUCUAAGCCCAAAGUAAAGAAGUUGAAAUACCACCAGUAUAUCCCGCCAGACCAAAAGCAAGACAAAGAACAGCUUCCUGCCAUGGACUCUUCUUAUGCCAAAAUCUUGCAUCAGCAGCAGCUUUUUCUUCAGUUGCAAAUCCUUAACCAGCAGCAGCAGCAUUACAACUAUCAGACAAUUCUACCGGCACCACCAAAGCCUCCUACUGACCAGCAGCUGCCUGGAGGAUCAGCAGCCCCACCAGGCCGCAGUCCAUCCAACAAUGGUACAUCAUCGGCAUCCACCGUCAGUGGGUUGACUCGGCAGAAUAGCACCACAGCCUCCAACACAGCCACUGGUGUAUUUACAACCAAACUUGCAUCUUUGCCACCAAACCUUGAUGAUCUAAAGGUUGCAGAGCUCAAGCAAGAGCUGAAACUGCGUGGUUUACCUGUUUCGGGCACCAAGAAUGAUCUCAUUGAACGAUUACGUGUGUACCAGGAGAAUAAUGUGGGAUGCAUUCCCAAAACUCCUCAUCAAAUUAGCACCAGCUGCUGUUCUAGUGCAGUUACAAAUUCUACUGUUUCAACUCCUGGAGGCUCUGGAAGCUGCAGCAGUACCCCUACCACUGUGCUGCAUAAGCCAGCUGAAACCAGUGUUGUCAUGGCAACUUUCCCCUUUCUGGCAUCUGGCAGCAGUGUUGGGGGCAAUUCCUCGAUCAUGAAGUUUGGCAGCACAAGCUCAACACCUCCUGCCUCCCCAGCCCAUUCAGAGAGGUCAACAACUGGGUUCAGUGCCGACGAGGCCAGCUGUAAUGGAGAUAGUUUCAGUGAAUUGGUAAGUACAACCUUCACACACCUUAAGCUGCAGAACUCUCCCGUUCAGCACGUCAUCAUAAAGGAUGAGCUCCCUGGGAACAACAGCACCCCUUGCAGGUUUUCAUACCAAUCCUCACAUGGAGGAGGAAGUCCAAAAGAUCCAGCUAGCACAGCUGAGCAGUCUGUGGACAAAGACCAGAUGCUUCAAGAAAAAGACAAACAAAUUGAGGAGCUAACACGGAUGCUGAAACAAAAGCAGCAACUAGUGGAAGCCUUGCGUUUACAGCUCGAGCAGGGAAAACAACGCAUCAACAAUAGUCCAUUACAACUACUGCACAAGGCCAGUGACAUUGUGGAUGUCCAUAUCAAGCUGGAGCCAGAUGAACGACGACGCUCUUCUGUUUGUGAUGGAUCCAAGAAGGAACCCCAAGGCAGUUCUGUCUUGUCUACCUCACACUUGCCCUCCGGAAUAGUUCAAGUCACUAUAAAAGAGGAACCUGAGACUAAAAUGGUAGAGGAUCCUCCUUUAGCAGUACCUCAGCCUCCACCUGCAACUCAGGUGCCACCAGUGCAGCAUGUCAUGGUCAACCAGCUGUCUACCCAGCCAUCCCCAACCAACACUGCUCCCUCCUUCCCUCUGGAGAUCCUCAAAGGCACCUUACCCCCUGCACUCUUGACAGAUGCCAAUGGAAACCAUUUCUUACUUGCUGUUACAAACCACACAAUAGAGGGCAAGCAAAGCUUGACACCGCAGACAAACAACACUGGGAAAUCUGGCCACAUCACUCUUCAGAGAUUACAGUCGUCCCCUACAAAGCUUCAAAGCCAGUCAUCUUCUCCUCUUUCAAAAGUGGAUUCCCAGUCAAAGCAGCAGCUACAGCCGGGUCUUAUCAAUCAGCCAAUCAGAAAGGGACAGAAACCUGGCCUCCACUUAGUUUCUGCCACUGCGCCUACAACUGUAUUCUCAUUUUCAGCUCCACCCAAUUUGCAGCCUUUCUUUGUAAAUAGCAAGAAUCAGACACCUGCUAGAAGUCAGGGACCAGGAGAAAUGGUGUCUAGCCUUGCAGUCGGCACCCAGAAGCCUCAGCCAGAGUCCCCUGCCAAAGUGCAGAGCAACCAAAUACAGCCUGCAGUACCCCGGACUUCAUCCCCUCCAGAAGGUCUAGCCAAAGAGCCACCUCAGUACACGGAAACAGUGAAACACAACACUGAGCAACGUGCUAGGGAAAAUGGACCUUCCAGUCAGCAUAUGGAUGACCUUUUUGAUGUGCUGAUUGAAAGUGGAGAAAUUUCUGCUGAUUUUAGAGAUGAUGGUAAUUCCACACUCUCAUCCUGUAUGAUGCCACAGAAGCCCAGCACACCUCCGCCGACGUCAUUUCCAAACACCAAGGCUUCACCUUCAGACUCUCAUGCUAAAAGUCUCCCUUCCUCUCCACAUCUGGUACCACCACCUUCUGUGUCUCCUUUGCCACACUCAAUGUCCCUGGACCCUGGAGGAAAUGUGGAAGGUGGAAUUGCAAGUGGUUUUGGAGGUAGCGACCACCUUGAAGACUUUUUGGAGCGCACCACUGGUGUACCCUUACUUUGCGUGCCAAAUGAUGGCAAUGAGGCCCUCUCACUUAUUGACGAUUUGAAUAAUGAUCUUCUUGGCACUUCUAGCAUCCUUGACCAUCCACCCUCACCCAUGGACACCUCUGAAUUACAGUUUUUGGUUACCAAUGAUCCAGUUGCCAGUGAACCUUCAGGAGUAUAUUUGCUUCCCUCAACCAGCUUGGCAUUAGACAUGACUGACCCCAACUUGGACAACAUGGAUUGGCUGGAUUUGACAAUGGGUGCUAGUAUGGCUGGAAGCCCUGGGUUGAACCCCCUCAGCACACAAACGCCCUCUAGUGUUUUUUCCACUGAUUUCUUGGACAGCCAGGAUCUGCACCUGCACUGGGAUUCUUGCUUAUAAUGGGCCCGUUCUGGUGUCUGAGAGAUGUUUUGUGGACUGCAAGCUGGACAUCUUUGUCAGACUGAUCCGCCUGGUGUACUCUAAGAACACACCAUCCCACAAGCUAAUUUGGGAGUUGCACUCGAGUCUAUGCCAGUUGUGGGAACUUGUGGGCUUCAGAGUGCAAUUGGAACUCAUUGAUACAACAAACUUCACCAAACUGGUCUCUUCCAAUCAGAAUAUGGGAAGGGAAACAUGGCAACUUAUUUCAAGAGGCCAACCGUUUGAUUUAGUUUUCUUCAAGUACAGAUGUUGAAUGUAGCCCCACAAAUAUGCUAUUAUGUUUAUGACCCGUACACAUUUAUUUUCACAAACUUACUUAAAAAAAAAAAAUAUGCAGAUAUUUUACCAGUUAUGUGUAAAUAUUCAUGUAAUUUACUGGAGGAUAUUCCCCUGAUGCUAGAGGUGAGUUGUUCUUCAGGGUUAAAAAAAUGGACUUUGGGCUUUGUUUACUAUUUAGUACAACAGCACCCAGUCUGAGGGAAAAUACAGAGGUUUUACAUUUUAGGUUGUAAAUUGUUGAUAAAAUAAUUAAACCCUCCUCCACUUUUGUGCAGAUUGUUGGCUUACCUGUUGCUCCGCUCCCACACACAGUGCUUUGCUUGCCUGCCAUUUCUUGCACCUCAGAUAGGAUGGCCCACGUUUGAAAGGGACAAGCUAUUCUGUACAGUUAUUUUAUUAGUCUAUUUUUUUUUGUACCCACAGGAUUAUUUCAUUGUAUUUUUAGAAUAAUUAAAAUCAAGCAACCAUUUAAGUAGAUAUAUUAGUUUUCUCAUCAUUUUUUAUUGUUUUUAAUUAAAAAAAACACUAUUCUGGAGAACCUGAAUGAUUUAUAGUAUAUGUGGAAUGAAGGGUUUUUAGAAGCCCCUACUUUAUAUGACUUCUUAGUUUCAGUUCAUAGUUUCACCAAGUCGGCCAAUUCUUUGUAGUUUGUUUUUGGACACUUGUCACCAUUAAAUAAUCUGACUCUGUUGUUGUUGGAAAAACGAACAUCAGAUUUUGGGUUCUAACAUCUUUGCCAAAUUCAAGUCGUCUAAUUCCAAGAUAAAGUAAGGGAAGCGUAAUCCUCUGUGUAUUUUGUUUUUAUGAUUUCUUUGGAAAUAAAUCAAGUGACGCAAAAGAACAUUUUGAUCACAAAGUAUGAAUUUGCCAAGUUCCCAGACCAGUCUUCACAGUGCCACUUUUU